AUGGAUGCAGGUGUUACAGCUGCUGACGUCCCGCAGGACAGGCCGCAGCUGCUCCACUGCCUGCACCAUCUACUGAGAUUUCCACAUCUAUCGCCACCCCCUGUGCAUUCACUGCAGCCCUGGGGGUUUCCAGUGCAGGAACUGAACCACCCUUUGGUGUUUCCCCUGGACGUGGGGCUGACAGAAACAAUCUUGGGCAUAGACCGAGCUAUGAUUGCAGAAAUGGAGGGGAUGAGCCAGGCCCUGGUGAGGGUGGACACUGUAUAUUCUGAGAACUUAGUGGAGAUCACGGUCUCCAGACCGCCCCGGGUACAGUAG